GUUUCUCCCGAGUGAUAUGAUUCUCAUCUAGUAGAUAAACCUGUUCGUCGACUAAGAAAAAAUGAAAGUAGGGAAGAAUAAUACAGUGGGGGUUAAAUCCACGAGGGGUAGGUCGACUUAGUUGGAUCACAAAGCAGAACAAAAUGAGGAAAAGAAGUUCCUCUUUCAAGACAUGUUGCAGAGAAAGGACAAGAGAAACUGAGCAUGGCAGAGGGCAGAGAGAGAGGCGUCGAUGGGUUUCACAUUAUUGAAAAGUUUUGUUCGGGUUAUUAAAGGCAGCGUGUACUUUUUUCAGACAAGCAAAAUUUAGGCAAUCUGCUCUGCUGCUCCAUGCAGACCAGCCCUAUUAGGGCAAUCAGGCAAUGUCCCAGUUUGGACUACAGGCUGAGCAUGCAGUCAAAUUUGGACGAGAAAUCCAAAUCCAGUCCAAACAGUGGAUGAGAUCUGACUCAGGGAGAAAAUGCCAACGAGAUACGGUAAGAAUACGUGGUGUCUGGAGCCUCAGUAUCGAGCUGUGGCAAGAAACCGAGUCGAAUGAUACUUUUGGCAUGUGGUGGUUCGGUCGAAAUGAUGCGAUUCAUGUCUGGAAGAUCCUCCGUAUUCUAAACUUGGCCGCGCCCUCAUAUUCUUCAGUUAUAGCAGCCCACGAUGGGAUUCCAAUUUGGCCAUUGGAGAGGAUCCUGUUUAGUAAGUUAGUUAGAGCAAGUGAUGUCUGGACGAUUCUCUCAUUAUCAAGAUGCAAGACGAUCCGCAGGUUUCCCUGAGAAAGCACGGAGGUCAGGCACAGGCAUUGUCUUAAUUUGCGCACCGAGACAAUCCUGUUUCAACCCCGACUGCUUUUUCCUGAUGUCUGGACAACUCCUAUCCGGACGAGCGCUAGUUGUUGGCUAUUAUCUGGGCUUUACGAGCGGAAAUCAACUGCCGCGGAUAACUUUAGGAUCGGGCCAGAUUGCUUGUGCCACCGGUGUUAAGCUCCAUGGCCCGUCGAGACAAUCCUGCAGACGAAGUCGUUCGAGGUGAAUGAUGUCUGGACGAUGCUUCCUCCAUGUGCUCGCUCGCUACACUGGGGCGCUCUCCUUCCUUUAUUGGGGCACGAGGACCAUGACUACUGUACGUUAAUGUACGCCUCCGUCGUCUACCGCAGCUUGACGUUGCUCCCAUACGGCGACAUGGACCCGACCGAUCGCCUUCGACCGCGUGACGAGGAACUGCUUGUCUUCGAUUAGGUGUAACGCUGACGACGUCGUCGACGGUGGAUCUAGAUUCUCUCGAGGACGGAUCCAUCGGACGGUGGAGGGUGUGGACCAGAGGGACGUCGUCCACCGUGUUAACCCUAAUUAGGGGCAUGAUGAUGCAAGUCUGCGGCCGAGUGGGGCAAAGCAAGCUCCUACCGCGCACCUGAGCCAUGAGGCGAUGGUCAAGAUCCAGACAGUCGCUUUCCCACUUCACAUGCUCUGACUAAUGCCAAUAUUUUUGGAUACCGGAAAGUCGAAGUGAACGAGACGCAAGGAAUGCAAGCCAGAUGGUCUGAAGAGCAGCCUUCGGAAUGAAGAUGAAUCUGGAUAAUUAGGAUAAAGCAUGUAUACGACUGUUUCGACGCCUCUCUUCGUCAUAUCCGUUUUUCAGAAACCGGAUUGUCCAAAGUGGUGGAAAGCAGUCAUGGAAUAAAGAAAUAGUUACAUUCUUUCGAGAGGAUGAAGAAUGUCCGAACCGACAGGAUGCAAGUCACCUUGUUUUUCUGACAUGAAGGAGAAGAAAAGGCGCUUUGAGAAUUAUCCCACACGUGUGUUGGACAUUUUCGAGACGGAAAGGAGCGAACCUUCCAAGCGUGUUCGCAGAAUCAGACAAGUCGCUCAUGUUGUGUGGAAUAAUGUGCAAAGUGUUGCAUUUCAUUUGAGCACAAAGCCGUUACCAGACAGAAUUAGACCGGAUAAAUACGCUGGUAGAUGAAAGUAUCACCGGAAGUUUCGAGAUUCUAGCGUUACCCCGUUCACGAGGCUGGCCAGCCCCAUUGUCAACUACUGUAUUUCGAAACACGAGGUCUCCGAACACCAACCACCGAAAGUGGAUCGGAGUGACGCGGGCAGUGAGCUAUCUAACCAGCAGUAGAGAGGAGAGGGGAGAAGAAUUUGCACGAACAACGAUGCGAGGAGGAAAAACAGGAAAAGAUGGUCUCGGUUACGAUGCGAAGUGUCAGGUGGGACCGACAUUGCCGAAUACUGUAGGAGGCAGAAUCCAAGUGAUUUGCAGUGUGUAUCUUUGUUCGAUAAUCUUACGUCAAGUGGCGAGUGAAAGUGGAAAUCAGAUGAGCUACAUCAGCAAGCCCAACUUCCAAACUACAGUCAUGCAACUUAGAACUGGGGUAGUGGACUUCUGUAGACCCCGUGUUAAUUCACUUUGUCAGUAUACGUUCUCUCAGUUCAGCGGUUACGUUUCUCGAAUUCGAGGAAGGGGGUCGGGAGGUUUAGAACAUCCCACGAUGACCUUUUCAAAUACUUCGCGGAAUUAAAUACGCUCGCGAGUAUCAUAUUAGCUUUUCCUACCCUUUGAAUCCAUAUUCAAAUCCCUCCAAAAAUCUGGGUCAGACAAGGUACCUUCAGCUCGAUGCUGGUUGAGAUUUGUGUCUGGUAUUCAAUCCUAGUGCUCUGCUUUUUGCACUCAGUAGAAAUUUAAAACAUUUAUGCAUGAACUCGGGUGGGGAAACCAACAAUGAAUGAUGUAUUUCC